AUGGACACCAACCGCUUAUCGAAAGAGCUGCGAGAAAUUGCCUCGGACAAAGCCUCCGGAGUGUCGGUGGAACUCGUCGGGGACUCGUUGGCGCACAUGCGCGGGACCAUCACGGGACCAUCGGAAACGCCGUACCAAGGCGGAACGUUCCUCGUGGACAUUCACAUCACGAACUCGUACCCGUUCGAACCGCCAAAGAUGAAAUUCUUGACCAAAGUGUGGCACCCGAACGUCUCCUCGCAAAGCGGCGCGAUAUGCUUGGACGUGCUGAAAGAUCAGUGGACGCCAGCGUUGACGAUUAAGACGGCGUUGUUAUCGGUGCAAGCGUUGUUAGCGGCGGCGGAGCCGGACGAUCCGCAAGAUGCGGUGGUGGCGAAGAUGUACGUUUCCAAUCGCGCGCAGUUUGACCUGCAAGCGAAGGAGUGGACGGAGAAGUACGCGAAGGAAGGGCAGAAGGUAGAAGCGGCGAAAGAUCCGAAGGUUGUGAAGUUGAUGGAGAUGGGUUUCGGGGAACAGGACGCGGAGAGGGCGUUGGUGAAGUGUAAUUUUAACCAAGAGGAGGCGUUGGAGUAUUUGUUGGCGCAGUGA